AUGCGUACUCGCAUGGAGGCCUUCAUCCGCAAUCUCCAGCUCGAGAUUGUUGAGGCCAUGGAGUCGCUCGAAGGCCCCACUGGCGCAAAGUUCCUCCGCGAUACUUGGGAGCGUCCCAACAAGGAGGAGGGUGGUGGUAUCUCCUGCGUCCUGAACCACGGCAAGACCUUUGAGAAGGCCGCUGUUCUCGUCUCGGCCAUCCACGGCAGGGCUCCUCCUCAGAUCCUCAGCCGCAUCCCCGAAGCCAAGCGGGCAAAGAUCAAGGGCCCCCUGAAGAUGUAUGCCACGGGCAUGAGUCUCGUCAUCCACCCACUCAACCCCAUGGCCCCGACCUCGCACUGUAACUAUAGGUAUAUCGAGGUCGUCGACGACCAAGGCAGCGUCAUUGAUUCGUGGUUUGGCGGUGGCAGCGAUCUGACCCCGACCUACGUUAUCGAAGAGGACGCUGUUCACUUCCAUCGCCUGCUGAAGGACGCCUCUGAUCCGUUUGACCCAAGCUACUAUCAAAAGUUCAAGGUCGAGGCUGACAAGUACUUCUGGAUCCCUCACCGCCAAGAGACCCGUGGCGUCGGCGGUAUCUUCUUCGAUGACUUCCGCGGCAAGAACCCCGAGCAUGCCUUUGCGUUUGUCCGCAGCUGCGGCAGCGCAUUUGUCCCCAUGUACCAAGACAUUGUCGCCAAGCGCAAGGAUACCCCCUUCACGGAAGCCGAGAAGGAAUGGCAGAUGCUUCGCCGCGGCCGGUAUGCCGAGUUCAACCUGGUUAUCGACAAGGGCGUCAAGUUCGGACUGGUCGUUCCUCAGGCCCGCGUCGAGAGCAUUCUGGCUUCCCUCCCCGGCAGCUGCAAGUGGGAGUAUAUGCACAGCCCUGUUCCUGGCUCCCGCGAGGAUGCAACCUUGCAGGUCCUCAAGAACCCUCGCGACUGGGUGUAA